AUGAAUGUCUCCCCGGCCUCACCACCCUUAUCUCAUCUGCUCCCUCCGCUUAUUCUGGGUGGUGCUGGGUUCAGCCAUCAAGUAUCCCGGAAUCCCAAUUCGGCACAAGCGCGGGAGGUGCUGAAGCGUGCUUUCCAACUGGGAUUGCGAGCUAUCGACACUUCAGCCUACUAUCAUCCUUCGGAGAUACUUCUCGGCGAAGCAUUGUCACACCCUGAUGUUGCUCCUCACUAUUCCCGCGACCAGUAUCUUUUGAUGACCAAGGUUGGCCGCAUCACUGCCACUCAGUUUGAUUAUUCGCCAGCAUGGGUUCGACAGUCAGUGAUGCGCUCACUGCAGCGGCUGCGCACCCAGUAUCUUGAUGUCGUGUUUUGCCAUGAUGUCGAAUUUGUUCCGGAAGAAGAGGUAAUGGAGGCGAUCGGCGUCUUGCUCGAUCUGGUUUGCGAGGGCCAUAUUAGGUAUGUUGGUAUCUCAGGAUACUCCAUUGACAUCCUCACCCGAAUCGCUCGCCGCGUUCCACAGCGCUAUUCUCGACCUCUUGACGCUGUCCAAAACUGGGCUCAAAUGACUCUGCAAAAUGAUCGGCUGGCCCAGGAAGGCUUGCAUGCUUUCCAGGAAGCAGGGGUUUCUUGCGUUUGUAACUCCAGUCCACUAGCCAUUGGGCUGCUUCGCGCAAAGGGUGUGCCCGUCGGGGAUCUAGGGGACUUUCACCCAGCACCGUCGGGCUUACGGAGUGCGGUUAGAAAAGCGGCCGACUACGUCACAGAGCAGGGAGAAUCAAUGGCAGCUCUGGCGCUGCGGCAUUCUAUCCGUCGCGGCCAGUCGCUCUCAACUACCGAGUUCCGUAUAACGACCAUCAUGGGAAUUACUUCGAUCGCUGAAUUGGAAGACAACCUUGCAACAGCACGGCAGGUUCUGCGGGUAACCAAUGAACCACGCUGGCUCUGGAGCGCAGACUCUGGUCUAGCUGCAGAAAGCAGCACAGCCAAAGGAGAUGAGAAACUCCGUGCAGCCGUCCAUCAUCUUCUCGGCCCCUGGCUUGACUACUGCUUCCCCAGCCCGGGGCCCGGCUGGGAUGUGGCCACCAAAAGCCAGUGGCCGCCAGACUAUGACCCUAGGCGUCAUAGAUCAAGACGGGAAGGGGAAUAG